AUGGUGGCACUGACCUCACCAACUAACUUCAACUACGGUGACUAUGCAGCUAGUUUAGUAGAUAGUAUGCGUCAGUUGCAUAUCCAACCACCUCGCCAGCAAACGCCCCUAGCCUACCUCCUCCCUCUAUUAGCCGAAAGCUCGCAAGUAAGUAUUGACCGACUCAAACCUGCGCACUUGGAGGAGACCAUCACUUUCACCAAUGGUCCUCCACACGUUGCACCACCCACAACUCCCGUCCCAACAAGUCCUGCUCCCUCCACCCCGGUGAACCCUACGACNCCCUUGGAGCAGGCAUCUGAUCCCGACCCACCCUAUAGGAUCACUAGUCGCGGUAGAGUUCUUAAGUGA